ACAUGCAAUUUUCCUUUAUUUAUUUAUUUUUUGUUUCAAGAUUCCCAUUUCAUCAUUAACUACUACAAAUAAGAGGAAAUAAACGAUAGCGCGUGAAGACCACCAAAAUUCCAAGUCAUCCUCCCCAAAGACCAAAACCAAAUGCUCACCCAUAAAUCCAAAAAAAAAAAUAUACAUAUAAAAAUACACCAUAAUCUUCUCAUGCUAAUUAUUUAUUUAUUUACUAUCACAGUCCGCAUAUAGAAAUUAAAUAGUUAAUUUAUUCUCCUAUGGAGACUGAAGACGGACGGGCCGGACGGCAGCUAUCUACUGCUUUCUCAAUUCAAUUCAAAACCCCUCCAUGCCGACGACUCCUUCCCUUGUCCCUCUCAUACUUCCAUGCCGAAAGCAAACCCUAAGAUCUCAUGGUUUCUCGCUUGCUUCGGAUUUUCCAUGAAAAUCGACGAGAAGGACUCUCCGGGAAAUGUCCCGACCAGCGGCCGGAAAAAGAUCCGUCGAUUUUCCUGGCCAGCAAAGAAAUCCAGCAUGAAAACCGUCCCGAUUGACCCUACCACGUCGGAAAAUCCCUGCCGAAUUAAAGAAAUUAAAAUUAUCACGGAGAACUACUCAGAUAAACACGCUUCACAACGACGUCGGGUUCCGGAUACCGGUCACAAGCCUCCGAAUCAGAUCCCGGCGGCGGUUGCAGAAAAAGUGCCGUCUGCUCAAACCGUACAUCGCCCAAAGAAAAGCUGCGGAUCGCCUGAACUUUCAGAUCAGCUAAAACUUUCUGAGGCCGCCACGUUUCAAAAGCACCCACCACGUGGCCGGAUAACGUAUGCCCAGUCCCAACCAGUCACGGGGGGCCACCCUUCGCCGGAGAUCGAGCCCAAGCCCAAGCCCAAAUCGAAUCGGAGCUCCGUGAUCGCUGAUUCCGCAUCAACCCCGACCCGAAAUGCUCAGAAGAAAUCAAGAAAUAACGAAUCCAGGCGGAGGCGGCGAAGCGAAGAGGAUGAAGCGGUGGACAGAUUCGCCCCGGUUAUUGGGAUGUCAGUUAUAAUGGUGACGUUGGUAAUAAUGGUGUUAUGGGGUCGACUAUGUGCCGUCCUGUGCACCUCGGCAUGGUGUUAUUUCAUUCCCCGGAUGCGAGCAAGAGCUAAAUCCGAUAGAACGGGGAUUGUGAAAACAGGUUCGGCUCUGGGUUCAGGCGAUCCGGAUUUGAGCUCGGAAGAGUACAAGAGGAGGGUGGUGUUGGAUGGGUUUCUGGAGAGGAACCGCCGGAGUGCGUUUGGGAGGCUUGUGGGCAUGGGCGAAGCUCCUUACUUCUGAUUGGUGUAAAUUAGGUACAUGAAUGUGUCUAAAUUUGUCAUGUUCGACGAAACAGUUGAUCCAAAUUUUCUAUUUUCUGUAUAUGUUGUUUGAAUUUUUUUUUUUUCAAAUUUAAUAUUAUUUUAAUAAUAAUUAUUGAAAAACAGUUUGGAUUAAA